UUCACGUCAGUCACACAGAGAAAAUAAUACAGCACACAGGAGAAAACACCUGAUAUUUCGAAAAAAUGCAAGAGCCAGGCUACAGUCCGGUGAAGAUUGAAUCUGAGUUAGAUAUUAAAACGGAAUCAGAGGAAUUGGAGGAUGUGCAAGAGACGAAUGAAAAGUUGAAGGGCACUGUAACGAACGCUCUAAACUAUUGCCAACGUUUGCUGAGAUCGGCGAAUCUUUUAACAGACACGCCACCCAACGAAAUAUCAUCCGCUUCUGUCGCGAUGGGCGAAAAGAUUUUCAAAGAAAUUAAGGUAAUAUUGGAAGACAUUCCUCAAGAUAUUCACCGAACAUUGUUAACAGACGAAGGUUCUUUCAGUUUUGAAGGAAGUGAUAAUAAAGUAGCUGAUGAGGAGCGCGAGGAAGAACCAGACAGGAAAAGUCCUGAUUUUGUUGCGGAGCAAUUAGACACGACGAUAGAUUAUAUUCCGUUAUCUUAUAAAGAAAAAGUGGUUGCUCUUGCAGAAGCACAUCCAAAGUGGUCACUCAAGACGUUAAAAAAACGAGGUUGCUCACGCUUAAGAGAUAAGAAAGAAUUGGCCCGAUGGAAGAACGACAUUAAACGGGGUGGAACAGUAGUUGACAAAUGGAAACAUAUAGAAACAGAGACAUAUGAACGAUUUAAAGAAGCCAAAGAGCAUCUUGAGCAGGUAUCAACGAGAACACUGCAACAGUGGGCGAUGGCUGCAGCAUUCCCAUUUUUAUGCAAAGAUUUUACAUUCUCCGCAAGUAAAACCUGGAUUACAAGAUUCAAACAAAAAUAUUGCAUAAGAGAAGAAGAUUAAAAUAUAUGAGCAACAAAGACGCAUCACGACCUUUGAGGAGACUACUUUGCAGAUCUUCCAAUAUGAGAGACAGGCUUUCAAUAUGAAAUCAGAUAUAACUCGCAACGCAGGAUUCAAAAACUGUUUUGGUAAAAGAGAAAAGGAUGACAAUAAUUGCAGUUUUAAAAUCGAAAUGUGAACACUGAAAUGUACACAUUGUGAAAUUCGCCGAUUCUAGUGUGUGGGCAAGUGUGGGCACAGUACAAAGACAGUUGAAAUGGCACUUUCGAAUAAGAAUGCAAGAAAAGUCAAGUCAAGCUUGCAUUGUUAUAUCAUUAAAUUAUUGUAUAUUAUAUAAUAUAAAUGUAUAUCAUUUUUACUUUGACCCCUCCCUCUCCCCGCAUUGGCAGAAGCCAAUAGUUCUGUAAACAGUGCAAAAAAGGAGUCUGGAACAUUUUUUGACACUUGGUAUACAAAUUUCUUGUCCUGAGCUGCGUUCAGAAAUACCACACAAAGAAUAGAGUGAUAUUUAAUUGACCAAUCGUAAUGAAGAAAUCUUCGUUCUUUUUGCACCGAUUGGUUAAUUAAAAUCCACU